AUGGCAGUCGUAAGCCUCUUUCUGCUCCUCCUUUCAGCCACCACUGCCCGAAGUGGAAAUUGGAUUAACGGUUUAGGGCAGAGCGACGCCUCGGCAGUCAGGCCACAACCGACGGCAGCCUACCACAGUAGGAAAACCGACCGACGCGGUGAGCAUUUUCCCAAUAGGCCGCUGCUCAUGCGUUCCUCCAGUUGCAGCGCGCACACCGACUCAUCACAUUCCUGCCUUCCCCAUUGCUUUGUCCGCGAGCGUGCUCCGCGCCACGUCGAGCAAAGGGGGGAUGUGAUAUAUUUAUCGCCCUCUAAACGCUCUUGGGCCUGGUCUAACGCAUCCCGCCGCGCCAUCUCCAUCACUUCACCCGCCAAGCCAAUACUAACCGAGCGUUCUCGACCGUCGCUUGCCCCGGAUCACGGCGCCCGGAGCCUCGCGUGGCACCCUCCCGCCAUGUCGCAAUCAUCCGCCGAUCCCUUUCUCUACCCUUUCUUCACCUCGUCGUGGCUGCGCCCUAACGCCCGUACGCCACAUGACAAUGCUCCUUCGAAGAACAUCCCCUUUCCUCGCCCUCCUUUAUCCAUCGCCGUUUGUCCGCUUGCUUUGUUUCCCUAA